UAACAGGAGCUCCCCCUACAACAGCUCCCAUAUCUCUCUCUCUUCAGUUAUCUCAUCCCCUUCAAUCAAAAUACCAUGUCUCACGUUAAUGGCAACGGCGUCUGCGUCGCAGCGGACCCCCUAAACUGGGGAGCAGCGGCGCAGUCGUUAUCAGGGAGCCACCUCGACGAAGUGAAGAAGAUGGUGAAGGACUACAGAGAGGGUCCGGUGAGGAUUGAAGGGGCAACACUGAAGGUGGCUCACGUGGCGGCGGUGGCGGCCGGAGAGGCAACGGCGAGGGUGGAGCUAGAUGAGUCAGCACGGGCCCGGGUGAAGGCGAGCAGCGAUUGGGUGAUGGAGAGCAUGGGGAAGGGGACUGAUAGCUACGGGGUGACCACUGGUUUUGGUGCCACUUCUCAUAGGAGGACGAAGGAAGGGGGUGCUCUUCAGAAGGAGCUCAUUAGAUUCCUCAAUGCUGGAAUCUUCGGCUCCGGCCCGGAAUCCGGCAACACAUUGCCGGCUCCGGCAACAAGGGCGGCGAUGCUGGUCCGGAUAAACACCCUCCUCCAGGGCUACUCGGGCAUCCGGUUCGAGAUCCUCGAGGCGAUAACUCGCCUCCUCAACAGCAACAUCACUCCCGUCCUACCUCUCCGGGGAACCAUCUCCUCGUCCGGCGAUCUCGUUCCUCUCUCCUACAUCGCCGGCAUGCUCACUGGCCGCCCCAAUUCAAAGGCCGUCGCCCCUGACGGGCGCACCGUCGAUGCCACCGAAGCCUUCAAGCUCGCCGGAAUUGACGGCGGAUUCUUCGAAUUGCAACCAAAAGAAGGUCUAGCUCUCGUCAACGGGACUGCGGUCGGGUCUGGUCUCGCUUCGACUGUCCUCUUCGAUGCGAAUGUGCUACUGGUCCUAUCGGAGGUCCUAUCGGCGAUGUUCUGCGAGGUUAUGCAAGGGAAGCCGGAGUACACCGACCACUUGACUCACAAACUAAAACACCAUCCAGGACAGAUCGAGGCCGCCGCGAUCAUGGAGCACAUUCUCGACGGAAGUUCAUACAUGAAGAUGGCGAAAAAGUUGCACGAACAAGACCCGUUGCAGAAGCCGAAACAAGACCGUUACGCUCUUCGAACCUCGCCACAAUGGCUCGGUCCUCUGACUGAAGUUAUUCGAGCGGCAACGAAGUCGAUCGAGCGGGAGAUCAACUCGGUCAAUGACAACCCACUGAUCGACGUGUCGAGGAACAAGGCGCUGCAUGGCGGGAACUUUCAGGGGACGCCAAUUGGAGUGUCGAUGGACAACACGAGACUGGCGAUCGCCGCCAUAGGAAAGCUGAUGUUCGCUCAGUUCUCAGAGCUCGUCAACGACUUCUACAACAACGGGCUCCCGUCGAACUUAUCGGGCGGGCGAAACCCUAGCUUGGACUACGGGUUCAAGGGCGCUGAGAUCGCCAUGGCAUCGUACUGUUCAGAGCUCCAAUUCCUCGCAAAUCCGGUGACGAACCAUGUCGAGAGCGCCGAGCAACAUAAUCAGGAUGUGAACUCGUUGGGAUUGAUCUCUUCACGGAAAACCGCAGAGGCUGUGCAGAUACUGAAGCUCAUGUCGUCGACGUUCUUGGUCGGGCUUUGUCAAGCCAUCAAUCUCCGACAUUUGGAGGAGAACUUGAGGAGCACGGUGAAGAACACGGUGAGCCAAGUCGCAAAACGGAUUCUAACAGUAGGAGUCAACGGGGAGCUCCACCCGUCAAGGUUCUGCGAGCUGGACCUAAUCAAGGUGGUCGAGCGCGAGCCCGUCUUCGCCUACAUCGACGACCCAUGCAGCGCGACAUAUCCACUGAUGCAGAAGCUGAGGCAGGUUUUGGUCGAACACGCUCUUACCAACGGGGAUAAAGAAAAGCCGGUAAACACCUCGAUUUUCCACAGGAUCGAGGAGUUUGAAGAUGAGCUGAAAGCAUUGCUGCCGAAGGAAGUCGAAGGGGUGAGGAUGGCCUUCGAGAAUGGGAGGUUGUCCAUACCAAAUAGGAUCAAGGAGUGCCGGUCAUAUCCUUUGUAUCGGCUCGUGAGGGAGGAGCUCGGGGCUGAGUAUCUAACUGGAGAGAGGGUGAGGUCGCCGGGAGAGGAGUUCGACAAGGUGUUCAAUGCGAUUUGCGGCGGAAAAUUGAUCGACCCAUUGCUUGAGUGUUUGUCGGAGUGGAACGGGGCUCCGAUUCCUAUCUGUUAGAUUUGAAUUUAUUUGAUCCGACUAAGAUUUGUUGUUGUUGAUGUUGUUGAGGUUUAUGAGGGUGUAAUGUUAGAUAAGUAUUUGAUUCUUCUUUGCUCUCCAACUUGUUGAGCAUUAUGUUGAUUGAUGUAGUUGCAAAAUGUAGGUCAUAUGCAGUAUGAAUGAUUAUGAAAUUGUU